AUGACUGGAAACAACCAAACUUUGAUCUUGGAGUUCCUCCUCCUGGGUCUGCCCAUCCCAUCAGAGUAUCAUGUCCUGUUUUAUGCCCUGUUCUUGUCCAUGUACCUAACCACAGUCCUGGGAAACCUGCUAAUCAUUAUCCUGGUUCAACUGGCUUCCCAUCUCCACACACCCAUGUACUUGUUUCUUAGCAAUUUGUCCUUCUCUGAUCUCUGCUUUUCCUCCGUCACAAUACCAAAAUUGCUUCAGAACAUGCAGAGCCAAGUGCCAUCUAUAUCCUAUGCAGAUUGCCUGACACAACUGUACUUCUUUCUGGUUUUUGGAGACAUGGAGAGCUUCCUUCUUGUGGUCAUGGCCUAUGACCGUUAUGUGGCGAUCUGCUUUCCGUUGCAUUACACCAGCAUCAUGAGCACCAAGUUCUGUGCUUCACUAGUACUACUACUGUGGAUGAUGACGAUAUCCCAUGCCCUGCUGCAUACCCUACUAACAGCUAGAUUGUCUUUUUGUGAGAAGAAUGUGAUUCUCCACUUUUUCUGUGACUUACCAGCUCUUCUGAAAUUGUCCUGCUCAGACACUUAUGUUAAUGAGUUGAUGAUAUUUAUCCUGGGAGGGAUCAUCUCUAUUAUUCCAUUCCUACUCAUUGUUAUAUCCUAUGUAAAGAUUUUCUUCUCUAUUCUUAAGGCCUCAUCUACCCAGGCCAUCCACAAGGUCUUUUCCACCUGUGGAUCCCAUCUGACUGUGGUGUCUCUGUUCUAUGGGACAAUUAUUGUUUUAUACUUAUGUCCAUCGACUAAUAAUUCUACUAUGAAGGAAACUGCCAUGGCUUUGAUGUAUACAUUGGUGACUCCCAUGCUGAACCCCUUCAUCUAUAGCUUGAGGAACAGAGACAUGAAGAUGGCCCUAAUAAGAGUUAUCUGCAGUAAGAAAAUAUUUCUGUCGUGGUAG